GUCUCGAGGUGAGCGACAGUGGAGCGGUACAGAUAAUAGUUUGUCAUGUUUGUUGAUUACAAAGACACGUUGACAGUAGCUGUUGUUGUUGCCUGUGUGACCGUUUCCGGUUGCCUCUUGUUGAGGUGACUCACGUCAUGACGUCACAGCCUCCACGCUAAGCGGUAGCCUGAGUUAACCCGGGUCCAGGAUGACUCAGGUGAGCCAUCAGCAGUGGGGAGAGGUGGUCGGGCUGGGCCGUGUGGACCUGUGGGUCCUCCAGUCCUCCCUGGUGCGCGUGGAGGUCCUGACCCUGGGCGCCAUCAUCAGGUCCGUGUGCAGCAGAGGGAGGGAUGGCCGCCUGGAAGACGUAGUCCUGGGCUACGAUGACCUGGAAGGUUACGUGUCAGACCGGCGGUACCUGGGAGCCGUGGUGGGCCGCGUGGCCAACAGGAUCGCUCUGGGACGCUUUGUGGUGGAGGGGAAAGAGCACCGACUGGAUGUCAAUAACGGACCCAACGCGCUGCACGGGGGGCUGCGGGGCUUCAACAAGGCUGUCUGGCUUGCUGCAGCAGUGGAAGGUGGUGUACAGCUGAGUCUCACCAGUCCAGAUGGAGACCAGGGUUAUCCUGGAGAGGUCCAGGUCUCUGUGUCCUACACCCUCCAGGGGGAAACGCUAACCACUGAAUACCAAGCCCGGUCCACCAAGACCACCCCCAUCAACCUCACCAACCACUCCUACUUCAACCUAUCGGGACAGGGGGCAGCAGAUAUCUACGACCAUCAGGUGUCCAUCACUGCUCAGUGCUUCCUGCCUGUAGACGACACAUCGAUUCCAACAGGAGAGAUCAGACGAGUGGAUGGCACGCCCUUUGACCUCAGGAAGCCUGUUCUGAUUGGCCCCCGGCUGAAGGAACUCCCAGGCCCGGGGUUUGACCACAAUUUCUGUCUGUCAUCAACUGGGGACGACUGGGCCGAGAGACACGCUGCCAGAGUGUGUCACCCAGCCAGUGGGCGGGUCCUGGAGGUUUCUACCAGCCAACCAGGCGUCCAGUUCUACACUGCCAACUUCCUGGAUGGCUCUAUGACGGGAAAGGGCGGGGCUAGGUACAGGAAGCACAGCUCCUUCUGUCUGGAGACACAGAAUUGGCCUGAUGCUGUCAACCAGGCUUCAUUUCCUGACUGUCUUCUGCGUCCCGGUGAGGACUACCACCAUGUGACUCGCUUCACCUUCACCACUGUCUGAUGUGACCAACAACAGGACAGACCAACAGAAGGAUAGACCAACAGGAGGACAGACCAACAGAAGGAUAGACCAACAGGAGGACAGACCAACAGAAGGAUAGACCAACAGAAGGAUAGACCAACAGAAGGAUAGACCAACAGAAGGAUAGACCAACAGGACAGACCAACAGGACAGACCAACAGGAGGACAGACUAACAGGACAGACCAACAGGACAGACCAACAGGAGGACAGACUAACAGGACAGACCAACAGGACAGACCAACAGGAGGACAGACCAACAGGACAGACCAACAGGAGGACAGACUAACAGGACAGACCAACAGGACAGACCAACAGGAGGACAGACCAACAGGACAGACCAACAGGAGGACUGAGAUGUGAUGUAUUUUACUACACCAGUGCUAUGAUGUCUUUAGUAAUUACAGUAGUAGUACAGCCUGUGCAUGUGGGUGUGUGGGGCAGUGACACGAUGUUCCUAGUUCAACCCAAUGAAACAGAAAAUAAAGAAGGAUCUGACUCACUCA